CGCCUCUGUCACUGUCACCACUGACAGUUGAGCAAAACAGUCAUAGAGACUGACAUCUCCCAUCUCCUCGGUCUGACGAUGCCUCUCCAAUCCACCUUGUCUGGAAGGAGCACAAAGCCCAUCCAAGUCAUUAACACGCAGUCGGACGGGAAGUCAUAUGAACAACUGAGGCAGGAGUGUCUGCAGAAAAAUGUGCUGUUUGAAGACCUGGACUUCCCUGCCUGCGACUCCACUCUCUUCUACAGCCAGAGCGUGCCCCUCGAGUUUGAAUGGAAGAGACCCAGGGAGCUCUGCGAGAACCCCAAGUUCAUCGUCGGUGAUGCCAACCGGACAGAUGUAUGUCAAGGACAACUGGGGGACUGCUGGCUCCUGGCAGCCAUUGCCUCUCUGACCCUCCAUAAAGAUGCCCUGGCCAGAGUUGUGCCCCACGACCAGGGGUUUGACCACCGCUAUGCCGGCAUCUUCCAUUUUCAGUUCUGGCAGCACAACAAGUGGUUGGAUGUUGUGGUGGACGAUCGGCUGCCCUCGGUCAGAAACAGGCUGGUCAUGGUUCAUUCUGCCUCCAACAACGAGUUCUGGAGCGCGCUGCUGGAGAAAGCUUAUGCCAAAUUGCAUGGGAGUUACGAGUCUAUGAAAGGGGGCAGCACAAUGGAGGCCAUGGAGGACUUCACGGGUGGUGUAGGGGAAAUAUACGAGACCAAGAAAGCUCCAGGCAACCUCUUCGCCAUCAUGAAGAAGGCACUUGACAGAGGCUCCAUGCUGGGAUGCUCUAUUGAUAUCUCCAGUUCUGCCGAGUCAGAGGCUCAGACCACCAGCGGCCUGGUGAAGGGACAUGCCUACUCCAUCACAGGCCUGGAAGAGGUGAAAUACAGAGGAGGAAAGGUCAAACUGAUCCGCAUUCGUAACCCGUGGGGACAGGUGGAAUGGAACGGUCCCUGGAGCGACAAAUCUCGAGAAUGGGACCUGGUGGACAGAGCUGAGAAAAUGCGCAUCCUUCAGAACUCCACAGAUGACGGUGAAUUCUGGAUGGAGUUUGAGGACUUUAAAAACAACUACGACAAGGUGGAGAUCUGCAACAUGACUCCCGACUCUCUGACCGACAACACCAAGCGACACUGGGAAGUCAGCCUGUUUGAAGGCAACUGGAUUCGCGGUUCCACUGCUGGAGGCUGCAGGAACUUUAUUGACACAUUUUGGACCAACCCUCAGUUCAAGUUAAUGCUGGAGGACACUGAUGAUGAUGAUGACGUCUGCAGCGUGGUCAUCGCACUUAUGCAGAAAAACAGACGAAGGCUGAGAAAGGAGGGCCUCGACCUGGAGACUAUUGGCUUUGCUGUUUAUGAGGCCCCAGAUGACGUGGACCACCUGGGAAAGGACUUUUUCCGCUACCACGCAUCCAAGGCCCGCAGCAGGACCUACAUUAACAUGAGGGAAGUGUCGGAGCGCUUCACCCUCCCUCCUGGAAAAUACCUGCUGGUCCCCACCACCUUCCAGCCCCACCACGAAGCAGACUUCCUCAUUCGCAUCUUCUCUGAGAAAGCGGCCAGUGCCUUAGAGAUGGGGAACACUGUUGAUGCCGACUUGCCAGAUCCCCCCAUGCCCAGUCCACCAGAGGAGGAGACCGAUGAGGAGAGAAGUUUGAGAAGGCUUUUUGAACAGCUGGCUGGCUCAGAUGAGGCCAUCUCUGCUAGAGAGCUCCAGCAGAUGUUGAAUGGAGUGCUCAGCAGAAGAAGAGAGAUCCAGUUUGAUGGCCUGAGUCUCAGCACUUGUCACAGUAUCAUCAACCUAAUGGAUGUUGACAACACAGGGAAGCUUGAGUUUCAAGAAUUUAAAAUCUUCUGGGAAAAGAUGAAGAAAUGGAUUAUGCUUUUCCUGUCAUUUGACACUGACCGCUCAGGGAAGAUGUCCUCCUAUGAGCUCCGCAUCGCUCUCAAGGCUGCAGGCAUGCAUCUCAACACCAAACUCCUGCAGCUGCUGGGUUUAAGAUUUGCAGACUCCAACUACGACAUCGACUUUGACGACUACCUCACCUGCAUCGUCCGUCUGGAGAAUAUGUUCAGAGUUUUCCAAGCCCUGGAUAUGAGCAAAAGGGGAAAGGUGAACAUGAACAUGCUACAGUUCCUGAUGUUGUCGAUGAACGUUUGAAGAGAAACUAAGGAGAAAUGGAAGCCAGCAGAAGAACAAAGGAUGAGAUGGCUUUUAGAGUGCAAUGUGUGUUGAAUGAAUAUGACUAUAUUAACAUACGUACCUGUCAUUUCUUUUUAAUGAUGAAGAGCAUUUAAUGCUUUCUUCUUUUCAUAGACCUUUCUUCAUUUUCCAGUGAAACUACAAACAGAUUAUGCAGGAUUGAAGGGGGAGUUUAGAUAACCUUGUUUGAUAAAAUAUACCUUUACAUUAAUUGCAGACUGCAAGAAGCCUGCAAGAACAGAAUGAACUAAUGCGUAAAAAAUUAAAAUAAAGCAUCUGUAUUUGAA